AUGAAUCGAUUAGCAUCGCUGUUUGUACUUGUGAUUAUUGGGAGUCGAUCGAAUGGCUGGUAUCAUGGUCGUACCGAUUUAUAUGAUGGUGAUGCCGAAGUGUCAUGCGAAACAUCGACCGGUUCGGACAUCGGUCGAGCUUUACCUGAUGAGUUCAGGUCCGAUUAUUCAAAAAUACCGAAGGGUGCAUGGUUUCGAGUGUAUGGUCAAAUUCAUCGCAUGUCCUACGACAGAUCCGAUUCAUUGCUACGACAAGAUGACCCUCAACGACAGGGAAAUUGUUAUUUUCAAGCUGAUGCCGGCAUGAAUGCUGAGUAUAUACAGAAUAUUCAUUUUCCAAGAUCUCUCUAUUCAGGUGCCUCAUAUAAUUACUUUUUCUCGGCUUCUAUGGCAGGAUAUGAUGAGGGCAUUCAGAUUCAACUUGAAUGGUACGAUGAAAGAAAUGAAUUGAUCAAUUCGACUAGUAUUCAUUCUCACGUACCCGGUCAAAAAAUGAAUUCAUGUAAGUCAAUGUAA